UAUCUUCUCUGUCCCAUGGCUCUGCUACAGGGUUGUGUUGACCAUCCAGUCGUUUUAACAGAAGCAGUGUGCAAUCCUCUAUAUUCACGGCAAAUGAUGUCCGAGCUCCUGUUUGAAUGUUACCAGGUACCAAAGGUUUCAUAUGGAGUGGACAGUAUGUACAGCUUCCACCACAACAGGAGGCAGGAGUGGCCUGGCAACAGUCUGAUAGUGUCUUCUGGUUAUCAGUGCACGCACAUUUUGCCAGUCUUAGAGGGCAGAUUGGAUGCUAAAAACUGCAAACGUAUCAAUCUUGGUGGAUGCCAGGCAGCUGUGUAUCUUCAGCGCCUUCUGCAGCUGAAAUACCCUGGGCAUUUUGCUGCCAUCACUCUCAGCCGCAUGGAGGAAAUACUGCAUGAACACAGCUAUAUUGCAGAGGAUUAUAUAGAAGAGCUCCAGAAGUGGAGGUCUCCUGAGUACUACGAGAGCAAUGUGCACAAGAUGCAGCUGCCCUUCUCCAGCAAACUCCUCGGUAGCACCCUGACAUCGGAGGAGAAGCAGGAGAGGCGGCAGCAGCAGCUACGUAGGCUCCAAGAGCUUAAUGCACGCCGGCGGGAGGAGAAACUGCAGCUUGACCAAGAGAGGCUGGACAGGUUGCUCUAUGUGCAGGAACUGCUAGAAGAUGGUCAGAUGGAUCAGUUUCACAAAGCUUUGGUUGAACUGAACAUGGACUCCGCAGAGGAACUGCAGUCAUACAUCCACAAGCUGAGUCUGGCCAUUGAACAAACCAAGCAGAAGAUCCUACAGGCAGAAGUCAGCAUUGAAGUGGAUGUUGUGGAUAGCAAACCAGAGACCCUGGACCUGGACCCUUUGGGCAGUGAACAGUCCCUGGAGGAUGUGGAAGGCAUUCAUGAGUUUGAGCCUUUGUUUGCUGAGGAACAGCCUGAAGUUGAGAAGCCAGUUACCACAGUGGAGCCCGUGUUUAACCUGGCAGAGUACCACCAGCUUUUUCUUGGCACGGAGAGAAUCAGGGUUCCAGAAAUUCUCUUCCAACCCUCUCUGAUAGGAGAAGAGCAGGCGGGCAUAGCAGAAACCAUGCAGUACGUCCUGGACAGGUAUCCAAAGGAGCAACAGGCUUUACUUGUCCAGAAUGUCUUCCUCACUGGUGGAAAUACAAUGUACCCUGGACUGAAAGCCAGAAUCCAGAAGGAGCUACUUGAAAUGAGGCCAUUCCAGUCGUCUUUUCAGGUUCACCUUGCAUCCAAUCCCAUUCUGGAUGCUUGGUAUGGAGCUAGGGAUUGGGCACUGGAAUAUGUGAACCAUGAAGAAGGCUGGAUAACCAGAAAAGAUUAUGAAGAAAAAGGGGGUGAAUACCUCAAGGAGCACGGUGCCUCAAAUGUCUAUGUUCCCAUUCGCCUUCCAAAACAGGCUCCACGGACAACUGAAGCUCUAGCACCCGCCAAAGUACUGGCAGCUAGUGUGGGCAAUCCCUGUGACCUGGCAUAGCAGAGAGACUUUGAUCACACACCUAGGGUUAAAGUGACUGCAUGCCAAGCAAGGGAAUAGUUGUUACCUUGCACAGUAAACUCACCAUGGACUGCAGGCUGGAGCAUAGCACAAGAGUAUUUAGCACCUUGGGUAGCAAGUUUCUCUUGAACAAUCAGGAGUGGGAGCUGUUCUGUCUCUCUGGAACAGCAGCUGACCUUGUCAAAACACUUGAACAUGGAAGCUUUCGGCAGCUCCAUGUCUGAUGUUGCCUGCAUAGCAUAUGGGACUAUGCAUCCAUUCUAUGAGGAAUCGAGCAAAAAGAUGAAUACAGAAGAUAAAUAUUUCAGAUGAAAAACAUGAUCAAUGUCUUGGAAUUUGAGAGUUGUAUUACAGAAUGUUUUUUAGAAUUCUUCAAAUAAAAGAAGAUAUUUUUUUUACUUUUU